UUUUUUGUUGCCUUAAGUGUAUCAAUAUUUAUCAUCAGCAAUCGGCGCUACUUUUCUUAUACCCUCUCGUCGACAGUCUCACGAACCCUAAUCCAGGGUUGUCUAAUCAGAAGUGAGCUAAGAUACGAAUAUCUUGAACCAUGAGUAAGCUUCAGAGUGAUGCCCUGAGGGAAGCUAUCUCUCAGAUUACCGCGGAUUCCAAAGAGAAAAAGCGGAACUUCACCGAGACAGUGGAGCUACAGAUUGGGCUGAAAAACUAUGAUCCUCAGAAAGAUAAACGUUUCAGUGGUUCAGUUAAGUUGCCUCAUAUCCCCCGACCAAAAAUGAAGAUUUGCAUGCUUGGUGAUGCCCAGCAUGUAGAAGAGGCCGAAAAAAUUGGUUUGGAGUCCAUGGAUGUGGAGGCUUUGAAGAAGUUGAACAAGAACAAGAAACUGGUGAAGAAGCUUGCAAAGAAGUAUCAUGCUUUCUUAGCCUCAGAAGCUGUUAUCAAGCAGAUUCCUCGUCUUUUGGGACCUGGUCUCAACAAAGCAGGCAAGUUUCCUACUCUUGUGACCCACCAAGAAUCUCUGGAGUCCAAGGUGAAUGAGACCAAGGCAACAGUCAAGUUCCAAUUGAAGAAGGUGCUCUGCAUGGGAGUAGCUGUUGGGAACUUGGACAUGGAAGAGAAGCAAAUCUUUCAGAACGUGCAAAUGAGUGUUAACUUCCUGGUUUCCCUUUUAAAGAAGAACUGGCAAAAUGUUAGGUGCUUGUACCUGAAGAGUACCAUGGGAAAGCCGCAACGCAUCUUUUAAGAGAAUCGUUUUUUGUUUGGAAUUCUUAGUCAGUCAAGUUGUAUGUCCGUUAUAACGAUAAAAUAUUUUCCUGACAUGGGAAUUUUUGGUGUUUCUAUCGUUGGGUUGCUGUGUUAAGAUGCACUAUAGUGGGUGUUUUGUUUUGUUUCUACAUUGACAUGCUACGGUUAUUACCAAAUAGCCAUAUUUCUUAUUUAAAAUGAACCAAGGAA